GAAAGCGGCUCCGGGCGGGGGCGGGUCCGGGCGCAGGAGGCCCCGGGCAGGUCGGUCGCGGCGCCGCGGAUCCGCCCGGCAGCACCAUGGAGCGCCGGGGGGAGGAGGUGGAGCUGGAGAAGAGCGUACGGCGCCUGCGGGAGAAGUUCUACGGGCGGGUGAGCGUGGAGGAGGCCGUGCUGCUCAUGCGUCGCUACCACAACAACCACGCCAUGGUCUGCAAGGUCAUCGUGCUGUGCCGGGAGCAGCUGGGAGAUGCGGACCCCGAGGAGCGCCGGACUCUGCAGCACGACCCUGUGGUGAAGAAAGUGGUGGAGAAACUGAAGCAAGAAGAGGAGCAACAGACACAGAAACCCAGCCUUGACUGUGAGAGCGACAAGGACAUCGAGGCCAUAGCCCAGCAGCUGAGGGUGCUGCCGCUGACCGAGCGGAACCUGCGUAUGUUUGACCACGCCAGCCGCAACCUCAUCCCCUCCGCCGAGCGCCAGUUCGCCUGCCAGGCCUGCGACAGCACCUGGUGGCGCCGUGUGCCCGAGAGAAAGCAGGUGUCCCGGUGCCGACUGUGCGGGAAGUGCUACGACCCGGUGCCCUACGACAAGAUGUGGGGCACGGCCGAGUUCCACUGCCCCUCCUGCAACCGCAGCUUCAGGGGCUCAGCGCAGAUGGGCAUGGCCUCUCCCUGCUUCAUCUGCAGCACCCGCGUGCUGCCCAGCCGCAUCCUGUCGCCACACCAGGUCGCCGGGUCCCGGAGCCGCAACCCCCACUCCUGCUACGCUGAGGACUGCUACAACCGCCGAGAGCCCCAUGUGCCCGGCACACACUGCGUCCACCCCCGCAGCCGCGCCAAGAACAGGCUGCCCAAGGUGCUGUUCGCCAGCCUGGAGCACCAGAGCACCGGCUCCACUGUGGCCACUUGCCUGAGCCAGGGCAGCCUGGCGCUGUGCGACCUGGACGAGCUCCUCCUCGAGGACCUGGCGGAAGAGAGCGAGGGCUCCGAGGACUAGCACCCCUGCUGGCCCUGGGCCCCUCUGCCCCCGGGCUCUGUUUGCACUUUAUCCUUCUCGGCUUUUCUGGCCUGGCCAGGCCGACCCCGCUCCUCUCCUCGGAGCAGGUGGGGGCCUGUCUCUGCCCAGCCUGGUGGAAGCUUCACGCUGGCCUGGUGAUGCUGGGGCCCCGCGGGCACUGGGCCUGGCACCGGAUCUUUGCCUCCCCCUUAAUUAUCCACAUAACUUACAGAACAGGGUCUGGAGCGCCCCAGGGGUCCCCUCCCCGAUCCGGGGCUGUGGGGAUGGAGUCAGGGCCUGGACUUCGGGCUGAAUUCCAGCUCCUCUGUAUCUCUAAUUUUCAACAAGCUGUGACUGGCUGAGGCCCUGGCCUUGCAGCAUUGACCAAAGCCAAGCGGCUGGACGGGGCAAGGCCGGCUGCCCCUGGGACCAAGCCAGGGCGAGCGCGGGGGUCAGUUCUCCCUGUGGCCCUGCCAAAGACGCUGCCCUCGCCCCUUUCCGCUGCAGGCUCGGCUGUGCCAGCCUGUCUGUCCUGUGUCUGUCUGCUCCAGGGGCGAGUCAGCUUUACCCCCUAAGUGCCCAUCCUCUCCUGACGCCCCGCGGGGGGGUUGCUGGGAGACGCCCAUCACCUGGGUUACAGUUUCUUAGCAGCCACAUUUUUAUAAACUGAAUAAAGAAUGUUUGGCAGA